AAAAAAUCACAACUUGGUAACAUUUGCAGUAGAGAAUGGUAGAGAAACACGAGUGGCAAUGGCAACUGGAUUGUUGUACUGUCUUUGUAAAUUACGUCUGUCUAAAUCAAAAAUGUUUUUUAUUUUCGUUCCUGCUUGUGCUUAAUAAAAUUAAUACAGUAUAUUUGAAGUUAUUGUUGUAUUUAACAAUAUAGACAUGGAAUAAAGAACACAAAGAAAAGCAUUGGAAAAGUCCUCGUGUAUUACAGAAAUGUUAUUUUAUUGUGAUCCAACAAGCCUCCGAUUCUCAAAAUGUGUAUCAAAUCUAGUGCAAUAAUAUUUUGUGCAUUAUUUGUAUUUGUAUCAUCCACGCAUAUAAAAGGAGAGUUUUCUACGGAUGAAUUUUUCAAGUUCUUAGUUAAAUUUGGAUUUCAGAAGACAGACAUUCAUUUUCAAAAGGAAACAUAUGGAUAUAUUUUCGGGAACUUAACAGCCAAUGUUCAAUUCAAAUACCCUAUCACGUUUGCAGUCUUGGACAGAGGUCACUUUUUACACUAUUACAAAAAUCGUGAUAUUGUUGAUAAAGAGCUAGCAUGUCAAACUAUGUUCCAAAAUUUGAAUGGAACUGCAUACCACCCGAAAUGUAAUGCUUAUGGGCAAGAUCUGUUUAGAAGAAUACCAUGUCCGAAAGGCGGGCUGUGCAUUGACGAAGACACGCCUUGGAAUGUGGUCAAGAAGAAUCAGUUCACAUAUGUUAUUCAGAACUCUGGGCAACCAAGAUUUUGGUAUGUGUCUAUGGUCUCAUGUUACUUAGAUGAGGUAACAUGUACUUGGCAUCACUACACUGGAGCACCUUCAAAGGACAACAAAACUUUGACAAAUAUCCCUCAAAUCAUAAACUAUGAUUUCUGGCUGGUGAAUGGAAGUCCAAACUUAUCAUUUUACAACACGUUGCUGUACCAGUUUUCAUUUGACAGACAGAAUACUUUAGAACUGUAUCUGGUUUUCUGGCUGUGCUAUAUUAUUCUAUUGCCAGUCCAGAUUUAUGCAGUCAGAGAUUUUCACUUCAAAACUUUUAAGUCUAUAGAAACACAAAAGCAUCCAGUGACAAAGUUGUUUACAUUCAGCCUUGUCCUGGAGUUCAUUGCUCUAUGCUUCAAUGUGCUGCAUACUGUGAAGUUUGCUGUGGAUGGUGUUGGGUUUGCUGGGCUGGCGGCUGCUGGGGAUGUUCUAGAUAUUAUGAGCAGAACACUGUUCAUGUUGCUCCUACUUUUGCUAGCAAAGGGUUGGGCAGUGACUAGAUUGGAGCUCACAUACAAACCACUGGUUUUCGGAGUUUGGCUUGCCUAUGGAAUCGUCCAUAUUCUUCUAUAUGUUUGGAAUACAACUGAAGUGGACAUUAUAGAAGAGAUAGACGAAUACCAAACAUGGCCUGGAUGGUUGAUACUCGCUCUGCGCGUCGCGAUAAUGACUUGGUUCGUCCUCGAACUUCGGUAUACGAUGAUGUAUGAACACAAUAUGCCGAAGUUAAACUUUUUGCUUCACUUUGGCGCGUCAAGCCUGGUAUGGUUCGUGUAUUUGCCGAUUAUAGCGCUCAUUGCGCUUCAGAUCAGCCCUCUGUGGAGGUUCAAGUUUUUAUUAGGUAUCACAUAUUCAGCCGACUGUCUUGCGUUUUGCGUAAUGGCGCACCUGCUGUGGCCAACGCGCUCCGAACAGUAUUUACUACUAGCGCCCUCUGACUAUACAGCGGGCAUUGAAGAACUAGACGAAUUCAACGAGUCGCCUCACGUGGUACACAGUGACACCGUGGCCCUCACCACGGCCGAGAGCAUCAACGCUGAUGAUGAAGAGAUCAUAUUCACCAGAGCCUCGCACAAAAACGGCACUGCCUUCUCAUAGCAAUGCCAACAGGUAACAUAAAGGAUUCCUCAAAUAUCGUUCACUCCGAACGAAUGAAAUUAUGAAUUUAACACGAUCGAAAUUAUUCACAAAUAUUGGUCUCACAAACUCUCCAAUAUUUGUGUAGUGAAUCAUGUUGAUUGUGUCGAUUUAAACACUGUUAUUUGUAAUAUUUAUUACGAAAUACAAGAAUUGACGAAUGUAAUGUUGAUCUAUGAAAUAUAUGAAUGAGUGAUAGGAAAAUCGAAUAUAAAUGGCUAAUAUUUUUAGUCAAUAGUAAAUUUUAAAUGAAUGUGUCCUGCUGUGUGAUAUUCAAGUACAUUGAUUCCUUAUUGAUGAAAUUGUUGAUAGCACAAAAUUAAUUGAAUUUACUAAGAAUGCAUAAUUAUAUACUUGUAAGCGAAAUAGUGCCGGUCUCCAAGCGAUCGUAUCUAAGUGUCAAUUAACGUGAUUAUAUUUGAUUAUUCAAGAUAAUAUGACACUAAGAGUGAAACAAAAAAUAUCACAAUUAACUAUGUGCCAACGAUUGAAUCAACUAUUAUUUAAUACGAAGAAAAUAUUGCAGAUACCUAUAAUGUAAGAGUAUUCGUAAUCAUUGUGUCUUUGUGAAAAAUGUCUGAAUUUACCAAAAUAUAUUUAAGAAAAUGGGUGUUAAAAGUGCUGUUAAAGUUGAAUGGAGUUUUUCUUAUUGAAUGAAUUGUGUAAAUAUUGUUUUGUAAAGUUCUGAUGCUUACCUACUGCAGGUACUUACAUAUUAACGGUUUACUUAAUUUUUGUACGUCUAUAAACAACUAAACAGUGAUUCAGGGUGUACCUGAGUAUGAUAAAAAUAAUAGUUAUAAUACAACGCACUCUACACACUUGUCCAUGUAAAUCACGCAAACAAUUAUGAAAUUUGAUUCUUAUGAUCUUAUAAGUUAAGAAAUAUUAGUUAUUUUUUGUUAUAAAAUCCAAUAUAUAGGUACUCCUAAUCAGAACUCGUUAUGUAGUUUGAUUGAGUUUGUAUUAUGUCGAAUGAGAACGAUUAGUCUACGGGUGUUAAAGGUUCGCUAGUGAAAUCGAAUUCUUAUGAAAAAAACGCUGAUACAUUUUGUAUACAAAUAGAUUCUUGAAUAUAACAAAUAGAUACGUGAUGUACAGUGACUUUUAGAAAUGUUAAAGUACAAUUAGAUCUCAAAUCGAUGUUUUAUUGUGGUCUGUACGACAAAACGGCAGCUGAAUUAUAUUUUUGUCAAUGUCUAAAUUUAUUUGCUUUUCGUGUUAUCUGUCUAAUUACUAUGUAUAAAUUAUUUAAAUAGUCGUCUAAAUUUACUAAAUUCAUUAACACAUUAAAAUUACUAGGCAAGGAAAUUCUUCGAAACAUUCUUUUAGCGAUAUUUAGAAAUUUUAAAUAACUUAAUGAUAGCAGAGCAUGCUCUUUAAAACUUUUAGGAUAAUUAGAUUGAUGGUCGUAUAUUUUGUUAUGGACACUUGAUUGAAAUUAUAAAAGGUUCGCUAUUUUAUUCACAGAUAUGAUUUGUGUGAAGCAUGCUCUUUUCUCUAUUAAAGUAAAACUUUAUUUAAACGUGAUGUCGUGUCAAUGUAGUAUAAGUGUAGAAAAGCUAGUGAUGUACAUUUUGGUUAUUAAAUUUUAUUUUAAUAGAAGAAAA